UUGAAAAUCGACAGGAAGCUUCAAUGAUGCCAAGCAAAAAGAAGAAGUUCAACGCGCGAUUUCCUCCGGCACGAAUCAAGAAAAUAAUGCAAACAGACGAAGAUGUUGGAAAGGUAGCAGCAGCCGUUCCAGUUAUCAUUUCAAAAGCCUUGGAGAUGUUCGUGCAAUCGCUUGUGGAGAGGGCGAGUGAUUACACUAAGGCACGGAAUGCUAAAACUAUGACUACAUCACAUCUAAAGAGAUGUAUAACAUCUGAAAACCAGUUUGACUUUUUGAAAGACUUAGUGGCUAAUGUACCGGAUCUUCCCUCAAAUGAAGAAGAGAAAGAUGGUGAACCCAAACCAAAAAGGAAAAGAAUGCCAAAACCUCCUGCACAAAACAAAGAAAAGAAAAAAUCUGAAAAAAAGAAGCCACAAGCUGCUACAGUAUCUGAUGAGUCAGAUGAAGAGCUUGAAUCUGAGGAAGAAGAUUCUUCUUCUGAAGGAACAAGUAAUCACAAUAACAUCAUACCAGCACCAGCUGUUCCAUCAUUAACCAUAACAAGGCCAAGUACAGAACAAACUGAAGAGAGUGAAUCUUCAUUACCAGUGAAUAUUCCCAAGCUUAACCAAAUGUCUGGCAUAAUGGGAAGUUCAUUAGAUGAAGAUGAUGACUAUGACUCAUGAAAAUACCAGAAAAUAUUGAGUCUAAGGAAGGUUUAACUUCUUUUUGAAAGAAUUCAGAGUAAAAGAGACUGCUGUUGAUGAGUUGGUACAAUGGCAAAGGAAUUUUGUUGCAGUUAACUUGUAAAUCAGUCUGUAAAUCAUUACAUCACUUUGACUAAGAGUUUUACAGGAAUUUGUAUUAUCUUGUACAUGCACUGUAAACUUGGCGUAGUGUAUCGUUAAAUUAUUUUGAAGUGUUGAGUAGAAUGCUUUUAGAAAAUAUUUUGUUGAGAAACUUCUUCAGGAGGCUAUUGUUUGGGAGGGUAAUGCCAGAGCUGAAAGAGCAUCUAAAGAAUGAACGAUAGGCUGGAAAAGGAAACUUCAAUGGCUACUGAGAAAUUUUAAGGGCAAGCGUUAAGUCAAAGGCAUUUCUCUUCCAAUUUACUAGUAGGCCAGAAUGGGUUUAUUAGUACACAAGUUACUCAGUGCCUUAUUCCAUAGUUUGUGACAAGUGCUUCUCAGCCUUCUAGUUAUAAAGGGACUCUGUGAAGGUAGGGGUUUUAAUCUUUCCCUUUCCCUUGAUGCACCUUAAAGUUUUUGUUUUUAGCACUGAAACUGUCAGGUCUUUGCCACCACUUCUUACCAAAGUAGUUGUGGCAUCUGCCUAUUAACAAUGCGUGAGUGAGCCACCCUGAGUGAGCCAUUGUGAGUGAGCCAUUGUGAGUGAGCCAUCAUGAGUGAGCAAUCGUGAGUGAGCUAUUGGGAGUGAGCCAUCAUGAGUGAGCCAUUGUGAGUGAGCCAUCGUGAGUGAGCCAUCGUGAGUGAGCCAUCGUGAGUGAGCCAUUGUGAGUGAGCCAUUGUGAGUGAGCCAUCGUGAGUGAGCCAUCAUGAGUGAGCAAUCGUGAGUGAGCUAUCGCGAGUGAGCCAUUGUGAGUGAGCCAUUGUGAGUGAGCCAUCGUGAGUGAGCCAUUGUGAGUGAGCCAUUGUGAGUGAGCCAUGUGAGUGUGAGUGAUCACCAGCAUGCAGUAAAGAUAUACUGAUGAUAUGAGUUGGAAAAUUACUGUUUGCACUUGUCACUAUUUUAUGGAAGCAUUCACUAUGUAGUUGGCAAGUGGUAGAAGGGAGUGGCUCAGAUCAGUGAAUUGUUGGUUGUUAAAUUAAACAAACUUAUCACUUAUUAACUUAUUAUUAAGUUGAGAAAUUGAAUUAGAUUUUCUUGAAACCUUUUAACAUGUUUAUUAUUAUUACCAAACAGGCUUGUGCAGGCAAUUACAUGCCAUUUUAGAUAACAUAUACAUUGUAUGUUUGCCUAUGUGCUUUUAUUUUUCUGAAAUAAAUUUGUAUAAGAUUGUUUUA